AUGUCGAGGCCGAAUUUCGAGGUCAGCGAGAAGAACUUGCAGCUCGUCGCGAAGCUCCUAGGUUGCAACUUCAACUACCUGAUCACCACGCAGAUAGACGACUCCAACGACCUCGAGAUCUUGCCGCAGGUGGACAAGAUCAGGACGGAGGAGGUCGACCGGAGGAUCUCCGACAUGCUCGACCGCAUCGAGAAGAUCCGCCUCGUCCACGAGCAGAGCCGCGCGCGGCACCGGAAGGAGGAGGACCUCAGAGACGACCCGAGUGCCGUCGUGGUGCUGUCGCCGGUGCCGGAGGGCAUGAGCGACGAGGAUUUGGCCGCGACUUUCUCGGUCCACGGCCGCGUCCGCCGGAUCGACCGUGACGGGGGCCAGGCCUUCGUCCAGCUCGGCCUGCGGGCGCAGGCCGAGGCGGCCGUGGCGGCCCUCCGCAGCUCCAACGCCUUCGGCGACCACGUCAGGAUGUGGACGCGGGGCGAGGAGGCGGAGACGUUGCAGUCUGACUCGUGGACGAUGAGUCGGGCGCCAGUUCGCGCUCAGCUGAGCCGCGUCCUGCGUGCCCGUGCGCCCUCUCAAGAAUUAGUGACCGGUUGCAGAGCUCCUCUAUCUAGGUAAGCAGCGUUGCGAGGCGCCAGCCCAAGUCAAUUAAUUCUUGGAGUCUACGAUGUUUCUUGGCGUAGCGUUGAUACCGCAUCUUUUGACCAAGCCGUAGGUGCACUGAUAAACGGAAUCGGUGCUUCAGCGUUUGCCUCUUGACCCAUUCUACAGUGACAAACCAACGUUGGAAUCCAAAGAGGGACGCGAACGGUUUCGAUGCUUGCCCGACGGCGCGCGAGGAAUCUGCGAUCCUCGCGGUCUGUUUGAUCCUUCGAGCCCCCGUGCGGCAGCUCUGUUUGCACGGUGGACUGCCAGCCGUCAGCAGCAGUGGCCCGCGGACGCGACUCUCGCGCCGACGCGGUCUUGCCCCCCCAAGCGCUCGAAUGCGUUGUGAGAAAUUCUACUUUUCUCAGGGACGCCGGCUGGGAUCCAGUUUCGCGACACCGACGCCAAUGCAACGAGGUCGCGAGCUCAAAGAGGUGCCUUCUGCUGUGCCGCAGUUGUUUUCCGAUGGUGCCGAAUUCACACGUAAUUCAGAUCGCGGCACGUGCCGCAUCGCGAGCUCAGCAGCGACAUGUGUCAUUGAAGCUGUCAGUGUCUGGGUCGGUCGUCGGCAUAGCUUCCCGGUCGCGUGAAACGCCAGAGCCUUCUCUCACCCCAGAGAUUAUCACAUCAGGGAGUUGCAUUUCACAUCCCUCCAGAUCUCGCUCCCCAUCCAAUCCUUGGCGAACGUGCUCGGAUGAUUUGAGUCGACAUUGGCGACGUAGGCCUCUCACAGUAUGUUGCGUGAGGUGCCGGAAACCUUGAGUAAUGCCCGCUGCGCUCGGGAUCCGUUGCUUCCUCUCUCUCUCUCUCCUUUUCGCGCGCGCGCCAGGGAGACGCCGGCCUGGCGGCCCCUGGCGGCAAAGGCAAGGCGGUGCCACAUAAGGGCAAGGGCAAGGGCGCCGCCGCGGCGUGGUGAGCGCUCCGGAUCCGGCUGCGGUCCGCGCCCCGGCGCGCCGCCCCGCCCCCCCCUCCCCCUCCUGGCCGACGCCGCCCUGCGCACAUUGACGGGCGCGGGAGCGACGGGGGGAAGGGCGGUCCGAGCGGGCUGCAGAAGGACGGGCAGCUCUCUGCGCCGCGGGCGGUCGAGGCAGGGCUCGAGCUG